AUGGUGGUGUCUGCAGAGCUGGUUAUCGGCGUCGCCCUUUGGCUGCUGCUCAAUCUCCUCGUUCCCCUGCUCGUCAAGCCGACGUCUGGUAAGCCGCCGUCCGGACAUCCCAUUCAACCCCUUUCCGCCCACCUACCCCCCGCCCCGGCUCCGCUCCCCCCUGCCCCCCCUUGUCCAUCCCCCCAUGCGCGGAACUCUCUCUCCGCUCAUCCCCCCUGCACUGGCGCUGGCUUCCUGGAGGCAGGAGGAGGGGGAGUCUCAACUCAAAGGGGAGGGGGCGCCUCAUGCGCGGAUUUCACUCUCCGCUCUUCUCAAUUGCACCAAUACGCGCAUCCUCCCCUUCCCCACUCCCUUCUCCCUGCGCGGAACUCUCUCUCCGCUCAUCCCCCCUGCACUGGCGCUGGCUUCGCGGGGGCAGGAGGAGGGGGGGCUUCAAGCGGAAGCGCGGGGCAAGGGGAGGCGAUUGUGAUAGUAAAGGGGGAGGAAGUGCCCAAAGCGAAUGUGCUAAUAAAGGGGUUGACGGAGGCUUGGAUAGCAGUGGGGAGGAGGAUGGGGGAGAGAGUGAUGAGAGAGGGGGAAAGGCGGAUGGAAGGGAGAGGAGGGGGAGAAGGGGAGAGGGAGGGGGAAACGACAAGAGAGCUCAGGGCGAAAGUGAGCAAGGAGAGGUACAUUCAGGUCCACACCACGUGCUUCAACCCUUGGCUGGAGCGCCUUCGCUUGCUGCCUGCCAAGUCAGCUGCCAAGAGGAUGCUCCGGGCAUGGUUCACAUGGGGCGUCAUUGCAGCCUGCAUCGCCUUCAUACUGGCCUCUCUG